AUGUUUUUCUCUAAAAGAAUUUGGGCUCCAACUGAAUCAGUUGGAGAGAUCGCAUUUCCAAGGCGGUACAAUCAAGAGAAAAAAUUCAGUUGUGAUGACUGUGAAACCAAAAAGAUCCAGGAGGAGGAUAUGUUGGGCGAGUUUAGCAAAGCCCAUGAAGCUAUUAGGUCAUUGGAUAGUUCAAUUGCUAAGAUCCGAUUUGAAAUGCCUUCAACUAAGACGUUCCUUGGUACGAAGGAAAUGGAAGACUUACCUACCAUGAUCACCGCGGAUACUGAAAGAAUUGGGAUAAGAAGGAAGCCUUUUGUGGUAAUUGGAAUAAACACCGCGUUCAGUGGCAGAAGGAGACGUGAUUCCAUUAGAGAAACUUGGAUGCCUCAAGGUGAAAAAUUACUCCGAUUAGAGCAAGAAAAAGGGAUCGUUGUUCGCUUCAUGAUAGGCCACAGUGCUAUAUCUAAUAGCAUUUUAGAUCGAGCCGUUGAUCUUGAAGAUGCUCAGCAUAAAGACAUUCUUCGCUUAGAUCACAUAGAAGGAUACCAUGAGUUAUCUGCAAAAACAAAAGAUUUUUUCGCUACUGCAGUUGCAAAUUGGGAUGCAGAGUUUUAUGUAAAGGUUGAUGAUGAUGUUCACGUUAAUUUAGGUACUCUGGCUGCAACGCUAGCCAGACAUCGGUUGAAAUCCAUGGUGUAUAUAGGAUGCAUGAAAUCCGGUCCAGUUCUUAAUCGAAAGAAUGUUAAGUACCAUGAACCUGAGUUCUGGAAAUUCGGAGAUCCUGGAAAUAAGUACUUCCGGCAUGCUACUGGACAAAUAUAUGCCAUCUCAAGAGACCUCGCGAAAUACAUUGCCAUUAACAGGCCUAUUCUGCAUAAAUAUGCAAAUGAAGAUGUUUCACUUGGAGCAUGGUUAAUCGGUCUAGAAGUUGAACACAUCGAUGAUCGUAGCAUGUGUUGUGGAACUCCUCCUGAAUGCGAAUGGAAAGCACAAGCUGGUAAAGUUUGUGUAGCAUCGUUCGAAUGGAGUUGCAGUGGAAUUUGCAAAUCCGUCCACAGAAUCAAGCAUGUACACGCCAAGUGUGGCGAAAAUGCUGCUACUCUUUGGGAUGCUCUCUUGUAGUUUUGAGUUUAUAGGUUCUCGAUUUAUAUAUACAUGAGGAUAUUUU